UCAUAUCGUGGGUUUACUUUUAUUUUCGGAUGAACGAAAUAGCAUUACAUUGUUUUGCGAGAAAAGAUAUAGACAAUUAAUUUACGCACACGAAUUAUUUUAAACGAGUUUAAUAGGAAAGUGUGUGCGCGACAAAAUGCCGUCAUCUUCAGGUGUUUCGAAAAACUAUAGCAAGUGCCCAUUGAAAAAACGACCAGUUCACUUCACAUUUGAGGAUAGUGACAUAAAUGAAGAACCAGAAAAUUUAAGUUUGAAAAGAGACUGCAAAACGGAAACUAAUAGUGAUGACGAGGAGAUCGAAGUGGUUAAUCCGCCGACACCAAUAAGUGACAUCAAAGCUCCAGUACUUGUGCCAACUCCAACUUACCCUAAAUUGAACUUGCAACCAUGGGCUUUUAACAUUCCAUACACCACGGACUUUUACAGAAAUAUCCACCAUCAUACUAACCACCUUCAAUCACAAGUGUCACCGCUACGAGCAGAUCUCCAUUCGCCAAAAACCCCAUCAUCAGAGGGGUCAAUUUCUCCACCACCUCAGUACUUAAAUGGUCGGUCAAGUUCAAUUUCACCACCAAUUCGAAGGGAAAUUUACCCCCAACUUGGGAUCAAGCGAAAUGAUCUCAGCAACAGAAGUCAUCAUAUAAUCAAGCCGGAAGCUAUUACUCAAAAUCAUCCCCACGCAUAUCGUUAUAUGCCAUAUCAAAUUCCCACUACAUAUCAGCCAUACACAAUUCACCAGCUUCACAGUCAACAACCACCUGUUUCACCUACGUAUAGCGACGCUUCAUCUUAUUAUUCGCACCGAUCCAUUACACCAGACUCUCCCAUCAGUCUUGCCCCCGAAGAUCUUUCCGUUAAACAGCCGCUGAAAACCACGCAGCCACAGGAUCAUCAUGGAGAUCAUCAUAGCCAAAUUUUCACACCUGCUGAAACUAAGAAUAAGACUACAUCUACGAAUCCUCCUCGAUAUCAGUGUCCAGACUGUCAAAAAUCAUAUUCCACCUUCUCAGGGCUAACUAAACACCAACAGUUCCAUUGUCCAGCUGCCGAAGGCAACCAAGCUAAAAAGUCUUUCAGCUGUAAGGACUGCGAUAAAAUGUAUGUCUCAUUGGGAGCCCUAAAAAUGCACAUUCGAACGCAUACGCUCCCAUGCAAAUGUACAAUAUGCGGAAAAGCCUUCUCGCGACCAUGGCUCCUGCAAGGACAUAUUAGAACACAUACUGGAGAGAAGCCGUUUAGUUGUCAACAUUGCCACCGUGCUUUUGCGGAUAGAUCAAACCUUCGUGCUCAUCUUCAAACGCAUUCCGAUAUAAAAAAGUAUUCUUGCCCUACAUGCAGCAAAACAUUCUCCAGAAUGUCAUUAUUAACAAAACACUCCGAAGGUGGUUGCCCAGGGACACACGUGAGCCCAAGCGGUACUUUCUUAACUGCAUAUUCAGAAAUGGCAGAAUACUAAGUGACUGAUUCCAAGACCAAAUGAAAUCCUUCGAUAUUAUCAGAACACAUUGCCAGCCAGUCAUCGCCCAAAAGGAGGGAAAUUCCGACUAUAGUCGCUUCUACGUUCCCAAUGUUAAUAAUUCACAUGGAAUCAAUUCCAAUGCCACAGAUAGUGAUCGGCUGCCGCGGAACUGAUCCAAAAGCUAAUAAGGACAUUCAUUGAAGACCAGUCCAGCGCUUAAGCACGAAAUCAUGAUUUUUCUGAGAGUACCAAAAAAAUAGUUCCUAGAACCAAAACCCCACCCUCGAAAUUUAUAUGUAAACUGUAAUAUUAGUUUCUUCAAAUAUCACAUCCAGUGUACUUGCCUCUCUGUUUAGUUUGAAAAAUAUUUUCACCUGUUGAAUUAGAAGAAAAUUAUCUCUUGAAGUCUUUUAUCUAGUCAUUGAAACACUUUCUUCUAAAAGAUAUAUGGAGUCGGGGAAAUGUCUUUAGAAACUUUAAAUUAAGUGCCUAAGUUAUUCGAAAUGAGCCUGUAUAAAGGCUAAGCAAAUCCAAUUUGUGUAUCAAACCAUAAUGUACAAAUGUCCUAUGUAAAUAUAUAGUAUAAACAUUCAUGUUGAAAUGAUAUAUAUCAUUUAGAUGUAAGAGGAAGUAUUUAAUAUAUGAGAAAGAAUUGCACUUAAAGUUAU